AUGGCCUCCCAGGAAUUGGAUGGUACAGGACUGGGGGCCUCAGCACGUGGUACCUCGCCAGGCAGUCACAGAGAGGAGACUGAUGGUUCUACUUAUCAUCUCCUGGAUGGACCACAGGAUGUUCAGAGAGGAGUACUGCAAGCCCUCGGGGCCAUCCAGAUCCUGAAUGGAAUACUGAUUCUGGCUCUGGGUGUUUUAUUGAGUUGUUUACAGCAUUUGUCUCAGCACUUCAGGCAUUUCUUCUUCACCUUCUACACAGGCUACCCGCUCUGGGGUGCUGUGUUUUUUAUCUGCUCAGGAUCCUUGACGGUUGCAGCAGGGAGAAAGCCUACACGGAUGUUGAUGCAAAACAGUUUUGGGAUGAACAUUGCCAGUGCGAUCAUUGCAUUUGUUGGAACUGCUUUCCUCUCUGUACAUUUGGUGCUCAAUUCCCAGGCACUCAAGGGCUGCCAGUCUUCACAGUCACCUGAAUUAUGCAUUUACCUGGGUUCCUCAUCAGAUGGCCUGGUGUCUCUGAUGCUGAUCCUCACCCUGCUGGAGCUGACCAUGACCAUUUCCAUCUCAGUCAUGUGGUGCCUAGGAAAUGUCUGUGGUUCAAGAGAGGCAGUUUCUUCACCUCCUAAUUCUGCGGAAUCGGGAAUAGCUCCUGAUGGAAGUGAUUCGGAGCACCUGAACACUCAGCCUUAAAUCACCAAAGACUGA